AUGGCUGAGAGAAAUGGGCCCUCUUUCUUCAAGGUUGUUUGUAGAAAGUCAUUGUUUUCCUUCUUCACAAUCACAACGGUUCUGUUCAUCAUGUCCUGGUUCUUUGUUCUGCGAUCCGCGGAUCGUCCUCAAUUCAUUGACAACAAUAUGUUAGCCAAUUCAAAGCUUUUCUCUACCUUGGAUGAUUCAAAGUCUCAGAUGCUGAAGCAAAAUGUUGAAUCCUCAUUUGGGAACCGAGAAGUCCUAGAUAGUGAAGAUGCAGAACAGGCCAGGAAGACAAAAACUCCUAAUGCGAAGGAAAAAGUCGUGAAAUUUGAUGGAAGGAAAUGCCACCAAAAUGAUGAACUUGUUAUCAAGGUUUACAUGUAUGAUUUACCACCGGAGUUCCAUUUUGGACUCUUGAAUUGGAAACCAAGUGGGAAUAGUGUCUGGCCUGAUGUUAGAAAGGAUAUACCUGGUUACCCUGGGGGCUUGAAUUUGCAACAUAGUAUCGAGUUUUGGCUUACAUUGGAUAUUCUUGCAUCAGAAUUUCCUCGGGCCUCUAAGGCUAAGACUGUAAUCCGAGUCCAAAACUCUAGUGAUGCUGAUAUUAUAUUCGUGCCAUUCUUUUCAUCUUUAAGCUAUAAUCGCUACUCCAAGCGUAAGCCGAAUGAAAAGAAGAACGGGAACAAGAUACUGCAGGAAAAGUUAGUGAAGUAUUUGACAGCUCAAGAUGAAUGGAAGAGAUCAGGGGGGAAGGACCAUUUGAUUUUAGCACACCAUCCCAACAGUAUGUUAGAUGCAAGAAUGAAGUUGUGGCCUGCUGCAUUCAUUCUUUCAGACUUUGGGAGAUAUCCUCCGGUUAUAGCCAAUGUUGAAAAGGAUGUAAUAGCACCUUACAAACAUUUAAUCACUUCCUAUGUCGAUGACAACUCCACCUUUGAUAGCCGUCCAACAUUGCUGUAUUUUCAAGGAGCAAUAUAUAGAAAAGAUGGAGGUUUAGCACGACAAGAGCUAUUCUAUCUUCUGAAAAAUGAGAAGGAUGUACAUUUUUCCUUUGGAAGUAUUCAAAAAGAUGGAAUUAAGAAAGCAACAGAAGGCAUGCGUGCUUCCAAGUUCUGCCUCAACAUAGCUGGUGACACCCCUUCAUCAAACCGCUUGUUUGAUGCCAUUGCUAGUCACUGUGUCCCUGUCAUCAUCAGUGAUGCAAUUGAGCUACCAUAUGAAGAUGUGAUUGAUUACUCAGAGUUCUGCAUAUUUGUCCGCACUAUGGAUGCCAUCAAACAAAAUUUUCUAAUAAACUUCAUCCGGGGUAUUGGCAAAGCAGAGUGGACCCGAAUGUGGAACAAGUUGAAAGAAGUUGAACAUUUCUUCGAAUUUCACUUCCCUUCUGAGGAAAAUGAUGCAGUCCAAAUGAUUUGGCAGGCUGUGGCACGUAAGGUUCCUGCCAUGAGAUUAAAGCUAAAUAGGUAUGGGAGGUUUUCUAGGUCCCCUCCAAGUGCAGAGAAAGGACUAAAAUCAAUACCAGCACCAAGGAAUUUUUGGUGA